UUCUGUCAGUAAAGAAACUAGUUUCUCUUUCAAAGAAAAAGAGGGAGAGAGAUUAGAGCUUCUAGGGUUUUUUGAUAAUGGCGCCAAAGAAAGCUGAAAAACCAGUUGCCGAGUCGUCUAGUCAAGAUGCAAGAACUGCUAGACGUGAACGGAGGAACGAUCCUAAGACUAAGGUAGCACCAGUUUUGGCGAAAGAACCAAGGAAGAAGAAGCUCAAAACUGAACAAGUGAAACCAGCACCAGCAAAAGAAGCUGAUGAAGUGAAGCCAGCAGCAGCAGCAGCAGCGAAAGCUGAAGAAGAUCCUGAGAAACAGAAAAAAGGAAGUACUGUUGUUAUUGAGCACUGCAAACAAUGCAAUCGAUUCAAGGUAAGGGCUCAUCAGGUGAAAGCUGGCUUGGAGGAUGGUGUUCCUGGAAUCAAUGUUGUAAUUAACCCAGAAAAGCCGAGAAGGGGAUGCUUUGAGAUUCGCAAGGAAGGUGGCGACACUUUCAUUUCUCUUCUGGACAUGAAACGACCAUUCAAGCCGAUGACGGACCUUGUCAUGGAGGAUGUUAUUGCUGACAUAGUUGGGAAGAUAAAAAGUGCCCCAGUAGCUUGAAAGUUUGCUUUUACUCUAGACGGUGCUGUACAUUUUGGUGCAUAGAAAUUAUUCUGUGAUUCCCAGCCUCCAGACUUGGUGAUUGCAAUCAGGGUCUACUUCUGAUAUUUUGAUUAUGAGCUUCACGUUUUUGUUAUAUUUCUCGUGUCUUUUUGCUUUUGCUGUUGAAGCUCUAAUCAAUACAUGACAGUUAAUCGGUUAUAACCUAAUUGUAAUCCUGUUUACAUGGAUUUAUCAUUUUGCAUCUGACAAGCUUAGCCAUGGCAAA